GGGAUGUUAAUAUUUCACCAGAGUUGUUGGCCUGAACUUCGACUCUGAGAUGUUUUGGCUUUGAGUUGAGCCAAGUAGCGAGGGAAUAUAGAGACAAACUCCCAACAGAGAACAACCUGAGUCUUAGUCAUGAUGGAGACAGAGCCGACAGCUGGGAGUUGUCCUGACCCAAGCCAAACUGUUGUCAGGACCUGGGUCUCCUUCAGUACAAGAGGACCACCCAGUGAGGCCAUCUCCCGUUUCCAUGGUGACGGGGUUCGGUACAAAGCCAAACUGAUCGGCACUGACCCCGUACUGGACGCCCAGGGAGAAAAGAUGUGCUGGGACUCCAUGAUGAAACUGAAGGGCUUCGAGGCAGCAGGGAGGAAACAAGGGAAACACAAGCAGAGAGUUUGGUUGAAAGUUUCCUCUGGAGGUCUAAAAAUAGUUGACGAAAAGACCGGGGCUGUACUCUAUGACCAUGACAGAACCAGGAUCAGCUCUUUGACCAAAGAUGAGUCUGACCCCAGAGCUCUGGCCUACGUCUACCAACACCAAGACUCCUACAACCUCUUUUACAUCAAGAUGGCCAACCUGGCAGAUCCAGUCCUGACUGACAUCAAGGAGGUCUGUCAGGGUAUACACAGACUGAUACCACAGGGACCUGCAGAGCCACAAGCACAAAACAACGCUUUGCUGCUUCUAAGUGACAGUUCCACCCACCAGCUCAGGUUCCAUCUUUGGAGGAUGUACUCAGUCCACGCCCAGAAACCUUAUCAGCACAAUCAAACCAGAAGUCUCCCAGUAAUGAGCUGCUGGAAGUCUUCUCCGUCAAGAUGCAGGAUCCUCUGGUUCCUCCCCAAACCUCUUGUGCCAGUCAGCCAGUUCCCUCAGAGUCUCCAAAGCCAGCCCUCUCCACCUCUCAGAUCCUCUCCAUGUUCCCCACACAGCCAGUAGGGGGCUCUCCAUACUCCUCCCCCCCAUACUCUCCCACCACCAUGCCCUGGGGUCAGCAGGGGCCUCUUGGAAAUCAGUGGGCAGGACCACCUAUGGCACCCUGGCCCACAAUGCCUGGGAGUGUGGCAGCGGCAUGGGCACCAGUAGCACCCCCUGCUGGUGGGCAGAUUCAGGUUCAAGGCUCUCAUCCAAGUGUCAUGGGGGGCGUAAACUCAGCAGUUUUGCACACUGCAGUAAAUGGGCACCCUGUUGCUAUAAACUCCCUGUACAACCCCUCAGGAGCAACAGGACCACCCCUGCCAGUGUCUCCAAAUUUAGACCAAAAUUUCCUCCUCUGACACACUGGUGUGAAUAGUAAAAUUAAACCUGGGUUUUAGUUAAUAGGGGAAAGCGAUCAUGUCUUUUGAUUUAAUAGAUGAAAUAAAUGACUGAUGAGUUCAAAUAGGAGUUAGCUGAUAUAUUUCCCCCCUUUGAUAUUUAUUUUUUCACAACGUACAGCCAUUAAAUAUGACUGGUUCUUGUUGGAUGAAUUUUGUUGAUUCACUUUUAAUAUGGCGAGAGCAUAUGAUUUGAGUGUUAGUUGUGAGGCCUAAUGUCUGUACAAGCCCCUUACCCCUAUUAGUACUCUUAAAACAGCAAGAGUGAGACUUUGCUAAAGAAAUUAGAAUACGUUUUCUGUAACUCACAACAACAUUAACAGAAGACAAAGUCAAAGGGCUGCUCAUUGGGAACCAAAUGUUGGUUCUAAAUUAGACGCUGGACUCUUCUUUUUAUUAGCAUAUUCUGUAACCAAAUAUUUGUCUUUUUAAUCAGAAAACUGGAAGAUUAAUUCAUCAAACAUAUCAGUCAGGGUUAUCAUUUAAAGCACCCAGGACAUAUGAGCGAUCAACAAUCAGUUUUAUUGCUUAUGUGUUGAACUGAUGGGUUAAAUCAAAUUAAGUUAAAUGUUAGAAGUAAAUGUUGGAUCGCUAAUACUGAUAUUUUUUUCUGCUGCUAACAUACUUUGAAGAGAUUGUUCUAUAUUUUGUUUUAUCUGACACUUGAAAUUACCUUUCCUUCCUGUUUUUGGAUGCUACACAUUUAAUGCAGUUCCUAUUUUAAAUAAAUGACAGCUUAUAUUCUUCUUCAUAGUUUCCCCCAGCUUUGCUCAUAUACUGAGCUUACAUAAUAAAUCAUAUAUCAUAAAAGGGUGCUUAUUAAGCUUUUCUUUGUUUUGUUUUUCUUCAGACUACACUGCAUCACUUCUUUUUUAUAGAUGUCAUUCUGCUGCGUAGAGAAGAAAAAAAUGCAUAACCACGCGUUGCCAGAAAGACAAAAGAAACCGAUAACAUUGCUUUACUUGAAAUGUAUUCACAUUGCAACAAAUACACAGAAAAUGUGACCUUCUAAGAACAAAUAAAACAUUCUUGCAUGCA